AUGGAUCCUGUAUUCAUCCAAGUCGAUGUGCACUUCCAAGGAAUCUUCGCCAAAUACCCCAUACGCUAUACCGGCGAGAUUACUCAGAGGUUGUCGGACAUCGAUUUCGCAGGCGUGGACAAGAACGGGUGUUAUGAGUUUAUUGAAAUGUUCACUGGAGAAAGACUAAUUAAGGAAGUUGAGACAAGGCAUGUGGAUGAGGAUGAGGAUGACCAUGGGGCUGAGGAUGAGGAUGUUGAUGCCGAUGAGGAUGACCAUGGCAGCCCUCAUUUUUUCAAAAAGGAUAAUGGGCCUGAUGUCGACAUGGGUGAGAAUGCAGGUAUGUGUGAGCCUUUGGAAGAAGACAUGGAUGACAAUGAAGAUGUUUAUCCUGAGUUGCCAAAUAUUUUCUACGAAAAGCUACUCUGGAAGGAGCAGGAACCUAUGUUAGUUGGGCCACAAGCUGAGGAAGUUGUGAGGGUAAAUGAAUCUGAGGAAGUGGUGAGGGUUAAUGAGGUUGAGGAAGUGGCGAGGGUUAAUGAAGAUGAGGAACUAGGAAGGGUUAAUGAAGUUGUUGGGCAUGUGUAUAGUAGAGGUCAACCAAGCAAGAGGAAAAAGUCUGAGAGAAUUCUUAAACUUAAACUUGCUAAAAAGGUUGAAGGUGAAGGUAGUAGUGUUGGAUCGCCAAUGGACUUGGAUUAA